AUGGACACACAAUCACCCUCCACCAGUUGUAAUUUAUUCCAAACCUCUCAUUCCCGUUGGCUCGCAGUUACACACCGCGCCCCAUCAUCCCACUCGUCCUUUCUAUACGGCGUCAAAUCCACAAAAAUCUACUGCCGCCCUACCUGUGCCGCGCGCAUUGCUCGCAGAGCCAAUGUCGUGUUCUACGACACAGUAGACCAAGCGCGCCGUGAUGGCUUCCGGCCGUGCAAGCGAUGCAAACCAGAUAAUGCCAGCUUUCUCGGGGAGAAGGAGGAAGUUGUCGCAAGAGUCAUCACGCUUUUGCGGGUGAACAAGAAUGCGGUGGCGAUGAAGCGCGGGUUGAAGGAGUUGGCUGGAGAGGUCGGUGUUUCGCAGAGUUAUCUUUGUCGCGCGUUUAAGAAGACGAUGGGGAUUACGGUUGGGGCGUAUAUGAUGGAGUUUGAGAGGAAGGAUAGCCUGGGCGAGAUGGAGGGGUUGAUCCAAUCUUCUGAUAUGGUGGAUGUGGGGACGGGGCUCUUGACGCCGGCAGUAACAGCGAGGAACUCUCCGGUGCCCCUCAAGGGCCUGGAGGGAGGUUUGGCAGUAGAGGGGGGUGUGGGAAAUGUUGAAGAGAAUCUGGACUUGAACUUCAAUAUCGACGAAUGGGUCUGGACGGAUGACUUCUUCAAUGACAGUACCUACGGGUGGCCUAUACAAGGUAAUUCAUAG